AUGCAGGUGGCAAGAUCGAUCUUGGGGACGUGGCGAGGCGAACGUGGCGAGGAGUGGUCAUCUGCCCAAGGUCUCGAAUCAAUUCUGAUAUCAAUCCAAAGCCUAAUGUCUCCCAAUCCUUUUGAGAAUGAGCCGGGCUUUGAAAAUGCGAAUAGCAAAGAUGACAAAAAGAACCAAGCCCACUACGUAGCAAAGAUCAGACACGAAACCAUCCGAAUUGCGAUCAUCCAGCGAUUAGAAGACUAUCUAGGUAUUCAUUCUGAUGGAACAGUCGACGACUUUCCCGUCUUAGAAGAGAAUGUGAUUCGUACGGAGUAUGAUGUAGAGCCAGCGGCUCCGCCAUAUGAGCCAUUCAACGACUUGUGCAAGCGAAGGUUCCUGUGGUAUUACGAUACAUACAUGGCCACUAUUGCAGAGGGGCAAAAGUCAAUCAAACCCGACCAAGAUUUUGUGCAAAUGCCUUUCGAAGGAGGUGGCAACACUAUGGGUGGAAAAUUCUAUUACCCAGAGCUGAAGCGACGCAUGGAGCUAAUUCAAGCCGUCCUGACUCGCGAGGUCGAGUAUUGGGCACGGGAAGGUGCCUUGGAAGUUCGCAAAGACACAUCAGUAGCUUCGAUGAUGGGGCGACAGUUUCACCAGAUCAAGGAAUCCUACAAAAAGAACGACGUAGUUACGCUUGACAUGGAGCUUAUUGACCAAAACCCGUUCAUGUGGCGCCUCAUCUUCUUUGGACGGCCUAUGACGAAUCUUGAAGGCGGUAUGUUCAAAAUCAAGAUUGCCUUUAGCAAACGCUUUCCAGAUGAGCUUCCACGAGUGAUCUUUGAGACCAAAAUCUACCAUCAUCGUGUUACCAAAGAUGGGAUUCUUUGCUACAUUCCAAAGCGCCAAGAUGAUGUCAAAAGCCACAUUGAUGCGGUUGUUGAAGCCAUUGAGGAUGCAGAUACACCUUAUGAUCCACGAACACUUGUGCACCCUGAAGCAUCAAAGCUUUAUUGGGGCUCCGCCGACGAAAAGAAGCUUUACAAUCGACAACUACGGCGAUCCGUACAGCGAAGCAUGGAGUAA